AUGUCAUCUAACACAACACAAAUGUCAAUCGUUUGCAUUUCAGAGAUGAAGAAUUCGAAAAGAGUAGCAGUGGAGGAAGAAAUUAUUGGAAUGGUUAAAUUAAAUCCAUUUUUAUAUGAAAGAAAACAUGAAAUGUACAAAAAUAAAUGUAUGCGAAACAAGAAAUUUAAUGAACUUGGAAAAAAAUUAAAUGUUCCAGCACAACAGCUGAAAGCUAGAUGGAGAACAUUGAAGGAUAAAUUUUUUCAGGAAUUUAAAGCGGAGUUGAUACCAUCAGGGAGUGCUGACGAAGCAGUGAAAAGCAAAUGGAAGUGGAUGGAGCGUCUGCGUUUUUUAGAAAACAUAUACACGCCUGUAGACAAUUCGCCUUGCAGUAGUUUAAAUAUCAGUAAGACGGUACAGGAGUUACAACAGAAUAUGACUUCGUUAGUUGAUCGUGCAAAAAUAAUAGCCGAACCUUCUGUGCCCAAAAGUGCUGCGCAGCUAUUUUUUGAGAGUUUAGCAAAACAAACGGAAGAAGCCGAACUAACACCAGCAGAAUUUUGCAAUUUGCAAAUUGAAAUAUUAAAAGCCUUGAAGGCGGCUUCAAUACCAAAUUACUUGCAGAUGUUCUGCUUGCAGCAAAUCUAA